ACUUCAUAACCAGCUAAGCUAAGAGACUAUAAGACAUAAUUCACACCAGUACUAUAAAGUAACACAAUGGUUAUAGAAGAACCCUUAAGGAAUAUGAGCCACAUGGACAACAAUUCGAGAAGAAGGUUCACAGAGGUUGUGAAUGAAGGAUUCGUCCACGAUGACAGCGCCUCUGGUGGUGAGCAAAACCAGUGUACAUCAUCAGUUUCUGCACUGGAAACGAAAUUAGAAAACAAAACAGAAUCUGCUCGACAAGUGAUAACAAUCGCCGUGGAGGCAGAGAGUCCUGGAGAUCUUGAGAGACCUGACACAGAGAGAUUUGGUCAAGAUGAGACACCUGAAUCUGACUCUGCCUGGAUGGUGGCGGUGGGAGCUUCUCUUAUUAUGAUGUUGACGGACAUGUUGUUGUAUUGCUUCAGCCUCAUCUUCUUCCCUUUAUUCCUGGAGUUGGGGACCUCCUCCUCCACCAACAGCUGGCUCCUCGAUAUUAUGGCGGCUAUAUCGUGUAUAUCUGGAAUGAUGACUGGCCCACUGGUGAAGAGGUUCAGGUGGAGGAAGGUGGCUCUGGUGUGUUCCCUCUUGAUUUUCUUCGCCUGCAUCAUUUCCUCCUUCGCUACCUCCGCCUUGUUCCUCCUCUUCUCCUUCUCCACCCUGGCAGGGGUGAGCUGUGGAAUUGUCAACAACCUGUGCCUCCUCAUCAUCCCUCACUACUUCAAGCAGAAGAGGGGAGUUGCCAAUGCUUUCAUGAAGGCCGGCACCUGCAUAGGGCAGAUGGUUGGACCCAUUCUUAUAAGCUCCGUGCAUGAUGAGUUUGGUUUCAUCGGUGGUACGUUCAUCGUGGGUGCUGUUGUCCUUCACUGCUGCGUCGGGGCCUCACUCUUCCGUCCCAUUCAGGUUCACACGAGACUCAGACAAGAUUCCACGAAAACAAAAGAUUGGGAACAAUCAGCAAAAAAUACUGAAAAUACAGUUUAUAAAAGUACAUGUAAGGUCUUAACAGAAGCAUUCGUAAGUAUUUGUCAUGAUGUUGUGGCAAACUUAUCCAUCCUAAAGUCCCUGCGAGCUAUCAUCAUCGCUUUGGGAGGGAUGCUUUUCAACAACGCAACAAUCAAAUUCCUAACCUUGGUUCCCUUUGAAGUAGAAGCAGCGGGUCACCCUGGCCAGGUAACCAACUGGCAUUUCACGGUGUCGGCCGUGUGUAACUUGGUGGCUCGUCUUGUGGUGUGUUUACUGUCAGACUUCUCGAGGUUCAGCAUGCAGGUCUGUUUCAUGACCAGCGCCGCCAUCACUACCUUAGCCAUCCUCGCGUAUAGUGUGGUGGCAGACACGUGGUGGCAGACGCUGAUCAUGGGCGCGUUUGGGUGUGGCGUGGGCGGCAAUUUCGGCAUCUUUAACCUGGCUGUUGCUUACUUCAUGGGACUAGAUGACAUGGCUCCUACUAUGGGAGCGACACUACUGCUGAGAGGUCUUUGCUUCGUCACCAUUGGCCCGUGCAUUGGUAUGAUCCGGGACGCGAGUGGCAGUUACGCCGUUAGCAUGUGGGUGUUGGCCGGGAUGACUGGCGGCAGCUUCACUGUCUGGGUCUUCCUGCCGGCCGCCGUCCGUUACGACCACAACAAGAACCAUAAACACCUCCCCUCCCCCCAAUGAAGCCUCGCCCUAAUGUAGUUUAGAUCCUGUCGAGGUCCUAGAAAAGUUUUAUUCUUUUUCACCUGACGUUUAGCUUUCAGUUUAUUUCGCCUUACGAUUAACCACUCUAAGUCUGACCUCAUGCUAACCCAAGCUAACCUAACUUAACGUAACUUAACCUAACCAACCCUAAUCCGACUCUGCCAGGUAGCGUUAGGGUGCUUGAAUGUCAGGUGAAAUAAGUUAGGGCUAAACUUAAUGUGAUUUUUAUUUUAUAAAGCAAUGUUGAUAUUCUACUAACCUGGGCCUUAUAUCUUGACCCUGUCCGAACACAGGCGUCUCAGGGCAGGUUGGGUCAGCUGGGGGGUCACAGCUGAGAUAUACAGUAUUAUCAACGUGUUAAUUUUUGUUAUUAUGACAAAUGCACGGGUAGGUCGGAGGGUGGAGCAUGCACGGGUAGGUCGGAGGGUGGAGCAUGCACGGGUAGGUCGGAGGGUGGAGCAUGCACGGGUAGGUCGGAGGGUGGAGCGAAAGGCGAGAAACAUCUUCCAGUGAGGUGGUUUACCUGUGGUGUGAAUAGGAUUAUACACCCGGCCUUCUGUGUCACCCAGUUACCCAAGGCUGACCUUGUGAGGUUGUAAUACAAGAUCAAUACAUAGU